AUGGCCGUUCGUUCGUCAAGGACGUCCCGGCCCCUCCGAUUCAGCUCGACAACGUCAAUCUCAGGAACAGCACAGACAACAGCUACGCCCAACCUCUCCUCUUGGAGACCCCCAGUCACUGUUCCUCGGCGAUCCGUCUUCAAGUUUGCUGGUGGAGCAGCUGCAUUGGGUGCAGGAGUCUACCUCUACAACAUUAACGACACCUUCCGACACAAUGUCCUUGCCGUCCAGCGAGUCAUGGUUGCAGCAGAGGCGGCCGUCGUUGUUGGAGUCGAUUACAAGUACACAAUGGAUAUCACCAACCGUGGGCUUGUGGAGGGAAACUUCGAGGAUGACGCUGAGCGAGCUCGCCGCAUGAGUGCCCUUCACACACGGAGUGCCAAUCGGCUGAGGGAGAUGCUGAGCAAGAACGGCGGUAUCUAUAUCAAGCUUGGUCAACAUCUUGCAAGUUUGAAAUAUCUACUGCCAGACGAAUGGACCACAGCCAUGGAGCCCCUUCAGGAUCGUUGCACACCUUCACCCAUCGAGUCGAUCCAGGCACUGUUCAUGUCUGAUAUCGGAAGACCCAUCUCGUCCAUCUUUUCGUCUUUUGAUCUGGAGCCCAUUGGAGUCGCUUCGCUGGCACAAGUUCACAAGGCAACACUGUUGGAUGGUCGAGAGGUGGCGGUCAAAAUUCAACACCCAGCAUUACAAGAGUUCUCGACAGUCGACAUCCGCACCGUUGCAGCAUUGACACAUGUGGUUUCCUAUGUCUUUCCAGAGUUUGAGUUCACCUGGUUGAGCGACGAGAUGCAGACCAGUCUGCCCAAGGAACUCAAUUUUGACUUUGAGGCUGCCAACGCCGCCCGUGUCGCUGCCAACUUUGACAGUGCUCGCAAGGAAGGAAGCAAGUCGACCAUCAAGAUCCCCGAUGUCAUCUGGUCCCGCAAGCGAGUUCUCGUCAUGGAAUUCAUGGAGGGAUCAAGGAUUGACAAUCUUCAGUAUUUGCGGGACCACAACAUCAAAGUGUCAGAGGUCUCGAACGAGAUGGCUCGUACCUUCUCCCAGAUGAUCUACAAGGAUGGCUUUGUCCACUGUGACCCUCACCCUGGAAACUUGAUGAUCCGCCCUACACCUGCUGAAUCUGCUUCGCCUCGCAACUUUGAGAUUAUUCUCCUGGACCACGGACUGUACCGCGAGCUCACACCCGAGUUCAGACUGGACUAUGCUCACCUCUGGACCGCUAUUAUUGCCUCGGACGAGCAGGAGAUCAAGUACAGGGCACUGAAACUGGGAGGCACAGAUGCCUACCAGCUGUUCUCGUCGAUCUUGACUGGUCGUGAUUGGUCCGUUGUUCAGAACGCCGAGCUCAGCAAGAAGGCUCGCGCCAAGGAUGAGCUGCUGAACUUGGCAGAUGGUCCUGGAAGCAUUGCUGAUAUCGCUAGCAUCUUGGCCAAGGUCCCUCGCGACCUGCUUUUGCUCUUCAAGACCAACGACUUGCUUCGUGCGCUGGACGAGGAUUUGGGCGCAGAUGAUGGCUCGCAGAUGCGAACGUUUGCAGUGAUGGGCCAGUACUGUGUCCAGGCAAUCUACGAAGCCGAGAAGAGUGUUAUCCAGUCCAGCUUGGCUGUGAGCAACAAGGCUACGACGGUGUCGUUCUUGGUCAAGACUCUUUCCUCUUGGUUCAAAGCGUACAGCUCGUACCUCCACACUAUUAUCUCACUGGACCUGUUUGUCUGGUGGAUCGACGUUACCCAGUCCGACGCGCUCCUUUACAAGUUCCUCAACCAGUCGGAUCUCUGGGGCACAAUUAUUAUGCGCUACUAUAGACACCACCGACUCUAUCAGUUGGAUCUGGAUGACUCUACCACCAACGACCAACUCUUCAACAACCAAAGGAUAAACAGAGCGUUGAAGCCCGAGACGAUCCAGGCCAUCGUAGAGGAGAUGGUCAAGAAAGGGGACGCGGAGUGGGAUGCAACAUCACGAAAGAGGAGAGCAAUUAUAUACUGGCGGAAACCUGAAGACUGGGCCGCCAUGAUCUCGUCCUGGGUGUUUGAGGCUGGCCUGAAUAAUUCGAUCUUGACUUAUUACGAGAUUGCGCACGGUGAGAACUCGGAGGACCAAGAGUUUUACAACAUUCACCCGACAGUGCUUCAUAAGACCAUGGAUGUGCUUGUCAAGCGUGGUGUCGCUGCUACCUUCCAGGGCGACAACUUUGAAGACAUGGGAGUCAAGUUCUUCAACGCCGGCGCAUAG